CCCUGUCUCUCAACCAAGGACGACCCUCAUUCAUCACAAGCCGUCAUCUUGGAUCUUGCUCCUCCUCUGUUUCGUCGCCGUUAUUCUCAUCCUUCUCCUGCUCUUACUUUAAGCUUCAGGCUACCAGUCAUUCGUUCAUAGUCCGCCACUCUUUCCACCCGCUGUCCUCCUUCCAAUGACUUGAUAUCCCCCUUCCGCACUCUCACUUCCCUGCUACGUCUCACAUCCAUUCCAUGGAUACCGCACCCUACAGUGACCACACUUCAAGACCUUCGUCCACCGCUCCGCCGACAACUCCUGCUGACAACGACUCUCUGUUCAUCAACCCUCGUCGUAAGUACAAACGGCGAGGUACUGGCUCCAUCUCCGACACCAAAAGCGAAGGCUCAGAAGAUGAGGCAGGUUCCUCCAUGUCGGAAUCAGAAGAACAUGAGCUAGGGCUGUUGGACUCGGACGUGGAUGUCGAUGACGACGGAGAAAGCGGGUUGAACAAACAUGACAGACGCAAAUACAUCAAAAGAAAGAGGCGGCGUGAUGGGCUCGAUGCGAGAAUCGCAGGCACACCGGGUAUAUCCAAGGAUGAGGCACGGCAGGCUGACCAAAAUGUCGCCCGCAACCUGGUCAUCAAUGCCGUCCUCAUCGGCCUGUGGUAUUUCUUCUCGCUGGCCAUAUCCAUUUACAAUAAGAUGAUGUUCUCAUCCGACCACCUCGAUUUCCACUUCCCGCUUUUCGCAACCUCGUUACACAUGGUUGUCCAGUUCAUCUUAGCCUCCUGUAUCCUUUUGAUAUUUCCCUCCUUACGACCGUCUCGACCCCAUCCGCAGGUGUACGGGAACGAAACGCACCCCUCUAAACCACUAGUCACCCCUCUAUUCUAUUUCACCCGACUAGUCCCCACCGGGACGACGACAUCUCUCGACAUCGGCUUGGGCAACACCUCACUUCGCUUCAUCACCUUAACAUUCUACACCAUGUGUAAAUCCUCAGUCUUGAUUUUCGUUCUUGUGUUCGCCUUCCUCUUCCGGCUGGAAAAGCCGUCUCUCAAACUCAUCCUCAUUAUCCUCACCAUGACCUUCGGGGUUCUCAUGAUGGUCGCUGGCGAAACGGCUUUUCAUGCUCUCGGCUUCGCGUUGGCCAUGUCUGCAUCCUUCUUUUCAGGCUUCCGAUGGGCCUUGACACAAAUUCUACUCCUCCGCCACCCUGCAACCUGCAAUCCGUUCGCCACGAUGUUUUUUAUCGCUCCCAUCAUGUUCGUCACACUAUUCUUCAUAGCUUGCGUCUCUGAAACGCCCUCCGCGGUCAUCACAGGCAUUGUCCUCUUGGUUAGGGAACAUGGGGUCGCCAAAGCGCUGCUUCUCCUGGUGGUUCCAGGAUGCAUUGCGUUCUGCAUGAUCGCAAGCGAGUUUACAUUACUUCAACGUACCAGCGUCGUCACUCUCAGCAUUUGUGGCAUUUUCAAAGAAGUGGUUACAAUUAGCGCCGCGGGCAUCGUGUUCCAUGACGAGCUGUCUAUGGUCAACAUCACUGGGCUGAUCAUCACAAUCAUCAGCAUUGGCAGCUACAACUACCUAAAGAUUGUGAAAAUGAGGGAAGAGGCGAGAGAGAAAUUGAAGAAGAGGGAUGAGCAGCAGUAUCGUGAAUUGGACGAUGAAGAUGAUGACGAGAUCAGCGAUACUGCUGCGGCCGACUUCGCGUUCCUCCAUGACGCUACCAAUACAGUACGCGACACGACUACGAGCUCUGGCUCGGGUUCGAGAUCCGACCCCACACCGAACAAUCUCCUUGGUCCCUCCGCGAAGAGGAAGGAAAAUAUAGAAUAGAAGCCUUGUUCAUUCAAGAUGGGAUUUUGUAUGGUUUGCCAUGAAAAAGGAGUAGUAGGAGCCAAUAUGUCUUUGAUUUCUGGUACUGGAUUCAAGCGGUGGCUUACGUCGCUUAAUGGCAUUACAAGCCAAUCUGAUCCGAUCCGUAAAAAUGUCAUGCAUACGAUUCCGC